AUGUCAAUGUGGCGAUGGCUCGUGUCAUGCCUCCCGGUGUUCUACCAAUCUGGACGGGCGCUCCGCCAAGUGCACUUCUACACCUUUUCGGAUACGAUCCCACAUCCCGGCCUGUGCGUCUUGGCGGAAGCAGCUUCCGAGCUGGGCGGGGUCCUCCGCGUCAUGGGCCUCAGCAAGAGGCCUGGAUACAUCUUGAUCCACAGCCACUCCCCCACUUUGAAGUUCCUCAUGCUGCAGGAGGUUUUGGAGUACGAGGUCAGCAAGAGGCGCAUUGCCUCCGAUGACCUCGUUAUCUUUGCGGAUGGCCAUGACGUGUUGCUGCAGCAGCCAUUGGCUGACAUUGUGGCAGCCUACAGCCGCUGGCCGGGUUCGCCAUACCUUAUCUCUGGCGAGCGGAACUGCUGGCCCUGGCCGCACACAGAUCCCUCUCAUGGAGCUUGGGAUUUGACAGAUCGGGCCAGCUUCGGAAAUGUCUCGUGGACCAUCAACCGCUGGAUCAAGUUUGCGCCACAGGACUUCUGUCGGAUGAUCAGGGCUGACGGCCCUUACCCGUUUCCCAACAUAGGCCUUUCCAUGGGACCAGUGUCGAGAGUCAUCGAGGUGCUGCGCAGGAACAACAAGAUCGUUCUGGAGGAAGAUGUAAAUGAUCAAGGCGCCAUGUGGCUGGUCAUCAUGCGACAUGCGCUCGAGCUGAACAUUCAGAUUGAUCAACAUGCUGAG